CAAUGCUGGAUAAUAAUGCGAUUUAACUAGCCCCCCAUUUGAAACCUCCCAAACUCAUUUCCGUUCUGUCUCAUUGUUCCAGACACUCUUUCAUUCAUCUUCCAGCCUUCUACUGCUAUUGUACUCCGUACAGUAAUUGUUCUUGUCACAGCUUUGACGGCUCCUUUGUUGGCUUCAGUACAGUCUCUUUCGUGUCGGUUUCGUCACUCUUUCAUUCCAUUGUCUCGAAUCUCAAACAACAUAUCGUCAUCCAACCACCGAGAACAGCCAUCCUUAUAUGGCUAUUGUCCUCUAUUGAAACCUACCAUAUUACCAAUUUCACUCAUCACUCAAAGAUACCUUCUUGAAUAUUUCUCUUCUUGAACAACAAAACCUAUCUAUCUAAUCGAAAGUAUAUACGACAUUAUCAACGACAGCCAUGCGUUCAACUUUACACUAAACCCUCACUUAUCGCGCACCGGUUGCAGCACGAAAUUAUCACGAUCGCUUAUUUUCCAGUUUAUGUUUCGACGUUUUUGCCUCUGUUUCUUUUGAUAGCUGUGUAUUCGGUCUUCGCUGGCGAAGUACCCCGAUAUCUUGUCACUCGACAACCUUUAUACCCACCGACGACCUCUGUUUUCGAAAUAGCCUCUGAAGACUCUCACAGUUCUCAUCAUGACUUGCUGCGGAAACAGGAAGAAGCAGGUUGUGGGGAUUGCUGACCAGAAAUGGGAAUAUAUCAAUCUUCGCGACUUUAAAAGCCGCGGAUGCGGAACUGUAUUUGCUUAUAUCUACCUGUGGCUUAUGCUUCUCGUUUCAGUUGCUGUCUAUGUCGUUGACAGUUUUACUGCCGUCAAUCUACUCGUGUUCGAUCGUUGGUCUUCAAAGAUCGAUCCUGCCAUCUCCUUCGACGUCACGAAAUGGAUCUUUUCUAUUUGCAUUAUUCUCUCAUUCAUCAACCUAGCUUACGAGGGUUUCCGCGCCUUUCGGGUUAUCAGACGAGGCAAUGUUGCGGAAUCCUAUCUUGAUAGCUUAGCUGUUCGAUGGGAAUCAAUUCGACUUGGUUCGCAAGGUUGGAAAAGAUUCCUAGUCUUUGCUGAACUCACCAAAAGUAAAGAAGGCGCACAAUACAUUGCGCUUUUCACAUACUUCAACUUUCAAGCCUGGAUCCGAGUCAUCAUCUGCUCAGGCCCUCGUCAGGUUCUCAAUGCUUUCACACUCAAGUCAGUGUAUGAGGCACAAUUGACGCCUACAGCAGACAAUGUGGGCGACUCCAUUACUGGAUUCUUUGAGAAAAUCAAGAUCCUAGCCGAAGAAGAUUAUCAACAGGCACUUAUCCUCUCGGGAAUGUGUUUCACUCUGGUUAUCUGGGUGUUUUCUGCGCUCUUUCUUCUGGCAGCCGUUCUGUUUUGGGUAUUCUUUUUGUACCAUUGGAUUCCUGCAGCCGACGGUGGUCUUUCUGGAUACUGCGAGCGGAAGGUCACCAAGGCGUUGAUGAAGAUUGUCACAAAGACGGUCAACAAAGCUCUAGCUAGGGAGGAGGCCAGCCGCUUCAAGGCUGAAGUCAAAGCGGCCAAGAAGAAUGGAGAGAAGCCUCACCUCGAUCGAGCUGCCACCCUACCCACUCUGCCAAACGUUGGCCCAGUCACCAAGAUGGAUCACCCACCAAUGCUCAACCGUAACGACACCAUGAUGACACUGCCGCCUUACACUUCACGCCCCGGUACGCCAGGUGGCAUGGAGAACGCACCCCCAGCUUCAGAACGAACUGUGCCGUCUAGACAGGGCACUACGGCAUCUAUCGCGAGCUACGCAUCCCGAGCCACUUCUAGAUCUGGAGGUGGAUAUGGACGGAUUGCAUCCCCCGUGCCUGAUGUGCCUCCCAUUAACUACCAGGGACACACCCAGCCCCGAUCUAUCACAGACAGGCAUGAUAACUUUGGCCCUUAUCCUGCAAAUCAAAUGGCAAUGGACCCAAUAACAUCUCUUCCUGGUCGAUUUACAGAGAGCCCUGGCCCAAUGAACUCUGAUAUGGCACCUUUCUUCCCUCCCUCGACUCGCGCUCCCAGCGCUCGCCCUAUGGAUAACUUUUCGCAGCCCAUGGGAACAUUUCCUUCAACCCAGGCACCCCAAUACCAAGCUUACAAUCCUGGGGGUCGCAUGAGCACUGCAUCAUCUGUGAACUCUCAUCAGGGCGGAGCCGCAAUGCAACGGCCCUUCAAUCCUCCAGUACGAAGUGCCACAGGGCCAGUGCCUUUUCGGGGACCUCCACAAAGGAACUUGACGAACCCAAUGCCGCCUCGUGCAGCAUCUGCGAGACCUGAAAGGGCUCCUCCCUAUAACUAUGACGUCGAAUCUCAAAGACCAGGGGGUUGGUAAAUGAUUAUAUCAAAUGUAUUGGAUUAUUAAUGAAUCACGAA